GUAAUAUGAAUGAUGCGAAAGAAGGAACUAAAGAAGGAGGGUUACAUCUCAGUUGCUGCGGAGUAAAAGUUUACCGACAUUUCAUAGGCUUCACGCUGAUGAUGGAGGCAGCAGGCACCUCCGAAACGUCGGUAAACUUCUACCAGACUUCACGGAGCAGCAACUGAGAAAGCCAAUAUCUAAGGAGAACUCGAAAUCUAACCACAAGCUCUGGAGUGACUGUUUGUCGGUCAUUGCAAUGAACAGGUCCAGCGGUUAUGGCUCCCGUGAAGAGGUACGCAUGGAAAGUUUGAAAGAUGCAGAGACCAGACGACAGCCAGUCAGUCGGAGGCCAGACCAACACAGGAGGGGUGAACAGUAUGUGGCAGCACAGCACAGGCCCGCUAGCCGAGACCCAGCACAGUACCAGUUUGAUCCUCGGAACAAUAGAAGCCCCGCUCGCCCCUCUAUCAGCCGGUCCCAACCUCAACACAGACCUACCCCAUCUCAGGAAGAUGUGAUUAGAGAUCUUCCACUUCAGAACAUUGGAGAUGUGUCAUUUAGGGAAGGAAUCUUAAAUCAACCACUGCUUUUUCCUGGUGAGAACAAAAGAUUGGAGGAACAUCACGUGGCACAAAUUGUGAACGAGAUGGAGCAGGAUGUCGCCUUGAUGGAGGAUAACCCACUGUCGGAGCAGCUGCGCAUGGAAGCUCUGAGGGAAAUGCCAGAAUCGUUGACUUUGAAGCGCACAGUAAAGAAGAAACUUGUGAAGUCUGUGAGCCAAAAAUCAAAACGCACUCCUCUCAGCAUUUGGAAGAGGCUGAAAUACAGACUGAGUGUAUUGCUGUCAAAAUUCAGCAUCAUGAUUAAAAACCUGCUGUACACCUUCGAGCUAUGGUACAGCAGCCUGAAGGUGAUUGAGGGGCAUUUUGGCAGCGGAGUGGCCACCUACUUCAGGUUCCUUCGAUGGCUGUUUCUCCUGAAUACAGUUGUGUUCCUCCUAAGUUUUGGUUUCGUUGUAAUUCCUCAGCUACUGCAUCGUUUCUAUGAGCCUGCAGAAGGAAAUCAAAAUGGCACAGAAAGUACACCGUCUCAGAUGAAUUCUGUUAUUUUUGACUCUGGCCACUCUGAUGGUUUUCUUCAGUUACAUGAAGAAUAUAACUCCACUAUACAUUUAGUCACUCCUGUUGCCAUCAUAGACAACUGGAAGCCGGCUCCUUCAGUCGCCUACCAGUCUCAAGUUCGGAGCAGACCGUACGCGUCAAAUGCUGACUUCUCCGUUGGCAAUAUCUUCACAGGAGAGGGUUUCUUCACCGAUACAACUUUGUAUUAUGGCUACUACACUAAUGAGUCGGUGAGCGUAGUGUCGGGCCUCACGUACCACAUACCCUCUGCAUACUUCUUCACUGUGCUGUCUUGCUACCUCUUCAUGUUUGUUGUACUUUCCAUCAGCAUGGCUAGAUCUUAUCGCCGGACAUUUAUUGAAACUGCCGGGGGCCUAAAGAAUGUGGUCACACACAAAGUUUUCUGUGGCUGGGACUUCAGUAUUGCUACAGGCGAAGCUGCAGCACUCAAGUCAAAGAGCAUUUAUAAUGAACUGAAGGAGCUACUGGAAGACAUGAAGAAAGAAGAUAAAGAGCUGACAUGCCAAGGCAAAUUCUUCCUUCUCAUUGUCCGCAUCUUCCUGAAUGUGUUUAUAGGGUUAGUGCUAGCAAGCACUGGCCUGAUCAUUUGGUUCCUGUUGCGUGAGGAGAUAGGUGUUGACGAGCCCGCAGCUGCAGAGCGCGGCGCUGCCAUGCUUAUGCCCCUCAUCAUCACCGUCAUCAUGAUGGCGGCUCCGGUCCUCUUUUCAUGGAUGGCAAGAGUGGAAGACUAUGCCAGUCCUCGCACAGCAUUGUUUGUGACCCUGACCAGAACGUUUGUGAUGGAGAUCGUUGUCAUUGGUGUUGUUGUUGCUUUCUGGCUCACAUUUAAAAAGAAUUCUGAGUGCUGGGAAACAUCUUUGGGCCAGGAGAUUUAUCGCCUGGUGAUUACUGACUUCCUGCUUGCAAUUGUGGGCACUUCUUUGGCUGAGUUUGUUCGCUUUCGAAUUUACAAGUCAAUGUGGAAGAAGAUUGGGGGUCCGGAAUUUCACAUAGCCCGCAACACACUGAACGUCAUCUACAAUCAGACACUUUUCUUUGUGGGAUUAUACUUCAGUCCAUUGCUGUCAUUUAUCAUUAUUCUAAAGAUGUUUAUUACAUUUUAUGUGAAGAAGAUUGGAUUGCUAAACAGCUGCCAGCCAUCAGCUAGACCUUGGCGUGCUGCUCAGACACAUACACUUUUCCUCGUUCUGUCUUUCAUUGCAACUCUGGCAGUGCUCAUACUUCUAGGUUACAUUAUUACACAAGUGGAGUCUUCGAGUUGUGGUCCAUUCUGUGCCCACAAGUACCCAUACGAGAUGAUCCUCGACAUGUUACAGGUGCAAGAAAAUAAUGGCUUCUUGCAGUUUGUCAGAUUCCUGGUUAAACCUGGAGUAAUAGGAGGAAUCCUGCUGGCGAUGUGUGUUGGUGUGUACUUCUUGCGUGCAAAAUCAUACGAACAUAGGGACAUGGUGCUUCUGCUCAAAGAGAUGCUGGUUCUAGAAGCAAAGGACAAGGAAUUCUUGUUGGACAACAUCUCCAAGGUCACUAAUGGCCGAUGGGAUUUUAACUUGAGGACUGACAGGAGUUUGGGUGCUAAGUGGAACUUACAAAAACAGGUGAGGAAGAGAGCAGACAUUUACAGCAACACACUGUCAGAUGCCAGCACAUCGAGAGAGUAUGACUUGUCUGAAUAUGAGAGACCAGUGUUCCAGAGAGGUGUCCGUGAACGCAGGUAUUAGUAUGUUUUAGCACAUAACAUGGAAUCAGCAAUUAAAUUUUGUUCCUAACAUCACAGUAUUAAUUAAAUGGAGUCAUAAUUAUAUGACUCGACAUCAAGAUGCCAGUAAGACCUGCUGGAAUUUAAUUUGUGAAAUACUGAGAAGAGCAAAGCAUUCUGCAGUUGGGGCAUACAGCAUCAUGAAGUUUAGUUUUAGUUAACAUUUAAUACUUUAUUUCAGGGGGGAUUUUAAAGAGUAAACAUUUUAUUUAAUAUAUUAACAAAUAUUUAUAAUUCAUAUGUGAUGUCACAUUGGGUUGUUUGAAUUUACAAAGUCUGGCAGACUUUUUCCAGUAUGCAUGCCAAAAUUAAAAUACAAUUUUUAAAAAUGCCUUUGUGAGUAUAAGUUUACUUAUCCAUUUAACUGCUGUACAAAGAGUAUGCACAGCUAGUCAAGUUCAAUGCCUUUUAUACAACCCAAAGAUUCAUUACCAUGUUUAUAAGAGCCCACCACCAGCCCCUAUCAUGGGCCAAUCCAUAUUCUCUAUCCCUAUUGCCCUAAGAUCCAUUUUAAUAUUAUUCCCUUGUUUGGAUUUUUCUGCUGCUACAUCAGUUUUGUAUCACUGUGAUUCAUCACUGGUCUUUUGCCCACACACCCCUCCCUUCUGAUUUCAUUAUCUUAUUCCUUCUUCUCUUAAGUUCUUUUCAUAACAGUUCAUCUCCAUCUGAAUGUAUUUCUUACUAUAUACUGUCAUUUUGCAUUUGGUCUUGUUUGUUUGCUGCUAUAUUUUCAUCUGUACUGUUCCAUUUGGCAACAUUCUUUCUUUUAAUAUUUACAAUUAUGUUCACACCUGGCCAUUUUUCUUAUCAUACUUUAAUUUUUUAACAGUUCUUUUCUCUUAAAAUAUCUUGGUGUACAUUAUCAAAUAUAGGACAGCUUUUUGAAUAUGCAUUUAGUUAUUUCUUAAUAUGUAUUUAUCCAACAUGUUGAUAGUGUGAAUUAUUUUCAUCCCAAAUUUUUCAAAUAAUUUAUUGUUUGCCAAAGAAGCAUUGAACCAAACAUUUCAUUUGCUAAAACUUGCAUGUGAAAUAUUAUUUUUAAUGAAUUUUUAUGAUGUGAUUGUAUGUGAUACAUAUUUGAAUGGUUGGCAAGGCAGCAGGCUCAAACCUGAAUACUGUAGCUGCACUGCCAAUUUCCUAUUUGUAUUCUGUUAUUUAGAUUUAUGUUAUAACUUAUUUAAUUUAAAAUUGUAUUUAUCUAUGAAAUAGUGUGUUUCUUUGUAUUUUAUAACUUACACACUGUUAGAUUUCAUUAAAUGUAUGCUCAUAUGUUGUAUCAUACCGGGA